UCCUGGUGGGGCUCUCCGACCUCUGACCGAAGUCCACACCCACCCGCCCCGUUCAGAGUGCAAAGUGCCUCCUACGGUACGGGCCAAAGCCCAAUUCUCGACCUGAAGUGAAGAAACUCAUUUUCUUUUUUUCCUCAGUCAAAGUUGCACUUUGUCUAAAACUAUAACAUAAAAACUGCUCUUGGUCGCCUACUUUGGUCCCGUGCUGGUGCAGUUUGCUUGUGAUCGUAGAAUAAGGCAAGGCUGUAGGGCAAGAAGUGUCAACGGUUUCGCCUCAGUUGCUGUUGUUGCAGCCUCAGUCUCUUGCAGUUGCAGUCUUCAUUUUCUGGCAGAGGUAGAUCUAGAUCUAGAUCUAGAUCUAGAAGUGAACUUAGAACAGAAACCUCACCACCAUGUCGAAAAGAACAGUUCAGUUUUUCUAUGAUGUUGUGUCACCUUAUUCCCUAUUUGCUUUUGAGGUCUUAUGCAGAUACAAGAACGUAUGGAACCUGGACAUAAAAUGGCGUCCUUUCUUUCUGGGAGGAAUAAUGCAAGGCUCAGGGAACAAACCACCUGCUGCCAACCCAAACAAAGCGAUCUACACUUUCAAAGAUUCUGAAAGAAUAGCCAAGUAUUUUGAUGUUCCAUACAAAGUGCCCCCGGAUCCUACUGACUUCAUGUUUAACAAUGGGUCUAUGACUGCACAGAGAUUUCUUUGUCUUGUUGACAUGGAGCGUCCGGAAAUGUUGGAGCAAAUUACCCGCGAGCUAUGGAUGCGUGCUUGGGCAAGGGAACAAGACAUCGUUCAGCCUGAUGGAAUAGCCGCAGCAGCAACAGCAGCCGGUUUGCCUAAAGACAUCACAGAGUCCUUUUUGUCCCGAGUUAAAAGUGACGAAGUGAAAAAGAGACUCAGGGAUACAACACAAGAGGCUUUGGACUUGGGGGCGUUUGGGUCUCCCAUAAUCGUGUUUGAUGUGAAUGGUCAGAAAGAAUGGGUCUUUGGCUGUGACAGGUUUCCCAUUAUGGCGCAUAUGAUGGGUUUGAAGUGGGAAGGUCCAAAACCUGGUAGCCCAAGCAAGUUGUAAAGUCUUUUAGGGUGACAUGGCCUGGUUGCCUGUUUGUCCUGCCAGAGAUAUUUCUGUUGAUUGUUAUUGUUUUUGUUAUACAAAUUUUAAGAAUGAGAAAUUACAAGCUCAAGUAAAGCACAGUUGAGAUGUUUACGCACUGCUUUUCACACUUGCACUGAACAUUUUUUGUAGGCACACAUGAUCUCUGCUCAGCGGGUUGAUUACAAAGUGGUUUAGGCAUGCGAAAACAGUCGGUACUGGUACAUAGUAACAAAUUGCUGAUUGUGUGUCGUAUGAUGAAAUUUAUGUAAAGUUAUUGCACUUGUCUAUUUUGCCAUAUAUGUAAUCAAAUAUACAAGAUUAUCAUAGUGA